AUGUCCGCACGACGGACAUACGGCAAGCGUCCGAGGGUCCUUCUAACGAAUGACGACGGACCGCCGUCUUCUUCGUCACCCAAUAUCUUCGCCUUUUCGAAGCUGCUGCAGGAGAAGCUCGGGUGGGAUGUUCGCGUUGUCGUCCCUGAUUGUCAGAAGUCAUGGGUCGGCAAGGCAUACGCUAUAUCCGACAUCAUCAACGCCAGCUACUUCUACCCAAGAGGACCUGAUGGAUUAGAAGGCGAUAUCUGCGAAGCGCCCAGACCUCUAAAAGAAGGCGAAGAAGCAGAAUGGAUCCUGCUUUCAGGCACACCCGCUACCUGCUCAAAUAUAGCUCUUCACAACCUUUAUCCAGGCGAAAUAGACAUGGUCAUAUCCGGUCCCAAUCACGGCCGCAACUCCUCUACCGCCUUCUCCCUCUCCUCCGGGACGAUCGGCGCCGCCCUCGCUGGGUCCAUGUCCGUUCCCCUCCCUGGGCACCCGUCCGACCCCUCAACCUCUCACCACGAGCACCACAUUCCCAAUAUCGCCAUCUCGUACGGUGUCGUGGCCCGCCCAUGCCCCCCACCAGCCACAAAGCUAGCGCACGAGGUCGCCGUUGAUAUCUGCGACCAUCUAUGGAGUAACUGGGGUACCGAGGUUGUAGGGAGCAGUAAGCGCCCUACCCAGCUGUAUACGGUCAAUAUCCCGUUGGUAGAGGAUUGGUUAUUGCGGGAAAAGAGAAAGACGGUGUAUGCGCAGAUGUGGAGAAGUAGCUAUGGGAGCUUGUUCAAGGCUACUACCGCAAUCAAGGGCGACUAUGUUCCCAGCAGCGAUAUGGGCCAAAACAAGCCUCAACUCGUAUCCGCAGCUCCCUCAACACAUACCACAUCCAAACCCGCCGGACCUGGCGCCAUCCCCACUCCCUCUUCUACGCCCGCUCCACCGCCACCUGCCACAGCUGCACCCGCCGCUGGUGGUCUAAAAUUCAAAUUCGCGCCCUCCAUGUCGCACCUCCUCAACCCGCCCAUCGAGUCCUUACCGACCGGAAGCGACGCGUGGGCGUUUGCGAAGGGGUACAGUAGCGUCGUGCCUCUCCGGGCAGAGUUUGCGGGGAUGCAAGAAGGCCCGGGAUGGUUUGAGGAUGCAGAGGGGCAGAAGAUUGAGGCGGGUCAGGCGCUCCCGAUAUAG